AUGAAUCCAAAUCAAACCAAUCAACCAAACCAAACCAAACCAAACUGGCCAAAAACAUCUCUUCAACAAUUGGAUACCGACAUAAGAAAAUGGAUAACAAAAUAUCGUAUGCACCACCCGAAGUCAUCAAAAUGUCGAUUAUACCUGCCAAGAAAAUCAGGAGGCAGAGGACUGCUGAGUGUUGAAACUAUGGCAGCAAAUGAAGAACAAAAACUGAGAGAAUAUUUUGACCAAUCUCAAGAGCCAAUACAUAAAGCAAUUGUUGCUAUAGGACAAAGUCACACCGUUUUUAAACAACGGGAAGAUACUCCUACAACCACGUUAAGAACCAACGAAUGGAAGGGAAAACCUCUUCACGGUAGAAUUUAUCAUAACCUUCAUAAUGAAAAUAUUGACGCUCUAGCUUCCUGCACUUACCUAAAAUCAGGUUAUCUCUUUCCUGAGACGGAAGGAUUUCUUCACGCUAUACAAGACCAAGUCGUCCCUACCAGAGCAUACAUUAAAAAUAUUGAAGGCACUAAUAUUGAAUCAGAUAAAUGUAGAAUGUGCGGGAAAGAAGUUGAGUCCAUACAGCACAUUAUAGGGGGGUGCUCCCCGUUGGCCCCCGGAGAGUCCUUGGCUAGACAUAAUAUGGUGUGUAAGGUGAUUCAUCAGGGACUGUGUAAAAACUUUCAGUUGGUAAAAGAUCUCAAACCCACUCACAAAUACAUACCUGCAUGGAAGGCGGAGAAUGGUGAUACUGUCAUAUACUGGGAUACUCCGAUUAUAACUGUCACUGCGGUGCCCCACAAUAGACCGGAUAUGGUGGUUAUUGACAGAAAGAAUAAGCAUGGAUGGAUUAUAGAUAUUGGUGUGCCACUUGAUGAAAAUGUGCAGAAAACUUAUUUAGAAAAGAUUGCUAAGUACAGUGAAUUGAAUUACCAAUUGAAACUAGUUUAUAACCUAAAUAAAAGGCUUCUACUACGCAACAAUGAAGCCAAAGUAGUGCAGCUGGUAGCACCUAACAUGGUUACCAAACAAGUGAUACUGGUGGCACCGUCGUUACACAACAGCAGCUGCAACCACCCUCGCUACCAUAACCUCACCCUAUGGUGGACGAUCUCGGCCGGUGACGUCAUUCAAUCGCUGAUCGUUUUGGUUUUGACGUUCGGUAUAUUGUUCGCGAACAUAUUGCUGAUUUGCGUCAUUAACAGCAGGAGAUAUGCGAAAUAUAUUCAUUCCCAGCCUCGAUACCUUUUGACAUCUCUGGCUUGCAAUGAUUUGGCGAUGGGAUUAUGUGUCACUCCGUUUGCAAUCCUACCUUCCUUAAAAAAUUGCUGGCCGUACGCAGAAAUAGUUUGUCAAGUACAGGCGUUGCUGCGGGGAGCCAUAAGUCAACAGAGCGCCGUGAUUCUAAUUUGUAUGGCGAUGGAUAGAUACUAUUGCAUGCUGCACCCCGGAAGGUACCAUCGAAGAUCCAGCAAAAAGGGUUGUAUAGCCCUAAUAAACAUCACCUGGGUAGGCUCCAUGUCCCUCUUCAGCCUCCUUGUCAUCAAACAUGGCGGUUUCUACUUCAACCCGACGGGAAUGCACGCCUGCGAGCCAUUUUACCCCAAGGCCUCGCUCAGGAUCUUGGCGGCAUGCGGGUUCUACUUCCCCACCACCAUGAUCCUGAUGUACUGUUAUGGGUCAGCGUUUGACGUCAACAAAUUAGGAUUUAAGAAGGCGCCCAAUAGUUGUAAUACUAUAUCGAGUCCAAACGAACAACCGGUGAGGGCGACUAGUAUAGAAAAAUUAAUCAAUCAAGAACGAAAGCUCAGUACCGUCUGCUCCAGAACGAUGGCAGCCAUGUCGUUGGGUUUCAUAGUCUUGGUAACUCCCUGGACGAUACAGGAAGUGGUAGCCGCGUGUACGGGUUCGCGAGCACCACCUUCCCUUGACUUUUUAGCCACGUGGUUGGCCUUAAGCAAUAGUUUCUGGUACCCGUUUAUCUACUGGACGCUCAACAAUCAUUUUAGAAGAAUAAGUAGGGAAAUAUUUAUUGGGCUCUUCUGUAGGAAGUCCCACGAACGCAAACAACACCAAUUCCAGCACUACUGCAACAACACCCCGUCGCCCAACUUCCUGGGCCACACUCCCGACUGCGACCUGGAACGCCUCUCUGAAAAAUACUGGGGCGAAAUCCUGGAACGCACCCUUUCAUCCACUUCAUUGCACGCCUUGCAGAGGGCGUGCUCACCGCCCAGGAUGGACUGUAAUGGCGGCAUCGAGUUGAGCACUUUGGACACUCCGGUGCCGGACUUAUGA